AUGGAAAUCUUAUCUAUUUUUGUGAAAGAGGUAACAGAUUGCUUGAUCCAGCCAAUUGCACGAGGGAUCGGGUAUUUCUGUUACUACAAGAGCAACAUCACAUCUAUGGAAAAUGAAUCUAAGAAGCUGGAGGAUAUCAGAAUUGGGGUGCAUCAAAGAGCGGAGGCUAACCGGAGAAACUUACAAGCCAUUUCACCCAAUGUUGAGGCUUGGUUUACUAGUGUUGAUACCAUUACUGCUGAUGUGGCAGCUGUAAUGCGACGAGGUGGAAUUGAGGUUGAAAGAUAUGAUUGGUGUCCAAACUUGAAGUCACGUUACUCGCUGAGCAGGAGAGCUAAGAAAAUUGCGUUGAAGUUGAUUGAACUUCGAAAUGAAGGCAAAGAUUAUGGUGUUUUCUGCUAUCAUGCUGUUGGAAAUGAACCUGUACCUAUCAACAGUGCUGAGGAGUUUGAUUCUAGAAAAUUGCAAGAGGAUGAGGUCAUGGCAGCUUUGAACGAUGACGGGGUCACUAUUAUUGGGAUAUGUGGUCUGGGUGGUGUUGGUAAGACGACACUGGCUGAGAAAAUCAGACAAAAGGCGAAACAAGAAAGGUUGUUCAAUGAUGUUGUUAUGUUAAUUGUCAGUCAACAACCAGAUCCUAAAAGAAUUCAGGAUGAGAUCGCAAGAGGGGUCGGGUUUACAUUAGAAGGGGAUGAUUUGUGGAGUCGUGGAGAUCAGCUGCGUACAAGGUUAAUGGAUCACAACAGCCGUACUCUUGUAAUCUUGGAUGAUGUUUGGGAGGCUCUUCAUGAUCUAGAGAAACUUGGAAUUCCCACCGGUAGCAACCACAACUACCGGUGCAAAGUUAUAUUGACGACACGUCUCCGACCUGUUUGUGAUAUAAUGAAGGCUCAGAAGAUCAUGGAAAUUGGAACUUUACCUGAAGAGGAAGCAUGGAUCCUUUUCAAGGAGAAAAUCGGUAAUUCAGUCGACGAUCCUUCUCUGCUUGACAUAGCAAAAGAUGUUUCCAAAGAAUGAAAGGGGUUGCCGCUUGCAAUUAUUACAGUUGCAGGAUCACUAAAGCGUAAAACCAAGCCUUCCUGGGAGGAUGCCCUUAAACAAUUACGUGGUGCAGAAAUAAGAAAUAUCCCUGGAGUGCACACAAAGGUGUAUAGACCUCUGAGGCUAAGCUAUGAUCACUUGGAAAGUGAUGAAGCCAGGUACCUCUUUUUGCUUUGUUCUUUGUUUGAGGAAGAUAGUGAUAUUUGGAUUGAAGAAUUACUUAGAUAUGGAAUGGGGCUUGGCAUUUUUUCGGAAAUGAACAAUUUAGAACAUGCAAGAAAUAGGGUGUGUCUUUUGAUAGAAAUAUUGAAAGACAGUUUCUUGUUAUCCCAAGGUUCAAACAAAAACUAUGUCAAAAUGCAUGAUGUGGUACGUGACGUGGCUAUAUAUAUUGCAUCUGAGGAAGAGCAUAUAUUUAUGGUAAGGCAUGAUGUGAACUCAAAAGAGUUCCCCAAAAAAGACUCUUACGAGCAAUACAGUCACAUGUCAAUAGUUGCAAAUGAAUUUGAGGAGCUUCCUAGACCAAUAUUUUGCCCAAAACUGAAGCUUCUAAUGUUGAAACUCUGUUUUGGAAAGCCAUUCAAAUUACAGGAUAACUUUUUCAAUGACAUGAGUGAACUCAAAGUCUUAAGCCUGAGUAGAUAUAAUAUGUCCAUUUAUGGUUUUCCAGCAUGGAUUUGUCCUUUUCCAGCAUCCAUUUGUCCUUUUCCAGCAUCCAUUCAGAGGUUAUCGAGUUUGAGGACGCUGCGUUUGAUUACUUUAGAGUUUGAUGACAUAUCUAUUAUUGGGGAACUUGUCAAUUUAGAAAUUCUAAGCAUAAGAGAUACUCGGUUAGAUGAGCUGCCAGAGGAGAUAGGAAAUUUGACCAAGUUAAUUGUAUUAGAGUUUUGGAAUAAGAAGAAAACACUUAAAAGGAUUUCAACAGGUGUCUUAUCAAGACUAGUUCGAUUGGAGGAACUACAUUUGGUGGGAGUAGAAGAUUAUGAAUGUUCCAGAGAUGUGAUUUACAGUAAGGUGGUCCUUCACUCCAAGUUGACACGGUACAGUAUUAAAGGGCGGUAUGCUUACGAAGAGAGCAUGGAUGAUUACGUCAAGAGUAUUGCUCUCCAUGUCAUGGAGACCACCCCAUUGGGUGAUUGGAUCUGCCACCUGUUGAAGGAGAGUGAAUAUGUAAGUUCAUAUGGAGAGGGCUCUAAUAUUGUGUUGACUGAGUUGCAGCUGAAUGAAUUUCAGAACGUGAAAUAUCUCCGCCUCUCUGAUUGUGAUUUAGUGACACAUAUAUUCAACAUCUCUCGGACGACACAUGAAGUAAUCAAGUUCCCCAAUUUAUAUGGGUUGGAGCUUCAAUCUCUGGUAUGCCUCACUCACUUUUGCAGUGACAAUGUUGACGGCAUUGAGUUCCCUCAGUUACGGAAUAUGAGCUUCUAUUAUUUACCUGAGUUCCAAAAUUUGUGGCCUACGGUCAACAACUCCAUCACUCACUCAAAUCCUCUUUUUGACGAAAAGAUUUCUUGUCCGAGCCUGGAAUAUCUAUAUAUCAAGAAGGCCAACAAUAUAAGUGCUCUAUGCUCUCACCAACUUCCAACUGCCUAUUUCAGCAAACUUGAAACAUUAAGUGUAUUGAAUUGUGGAAAGUUAAGAAACUUGAUGUCUCCAUCAGUGGCAAGAGGUCUUCUAAACCUCCAAACUUUAUGGAUAAAAGGGUGUCCAUCAAUGGAAGAAGUGAUCACAAAAGAGGAACAACAACGAGAAGGAAUCAUGACCUUAUUUCCCCGGUUGAAAGACCUGAUGCUUAACAAUCUUCCUAAGCUGGGGCAUUUCUUUCUGGCGGAGCAUGCUCUUAAAUUUUCAUUUCUCAGAAAAGUGUGGAUUGAUGACUGCCCGCAAAUGAAGACGUUUGUCCAACAGGGAAUAUCUGUGAGUACACCGAGUCUCGAAUGUGUGAAUUAUGAUUAUGGACUGAAAGUAGAUGAUCUCAAUAAAUGGACACAACAGAGGUUCAAUUCUAAGUUAUUUGUCACCGGCAAAGAAUUAUGGGGCCAUAUAGAUGGAAGCAAUUUUGCUCCUACUGAUCUGACAAAGCUAGGUGAAUGGAAGAUUAAAGAUGCGCGGCAACAUCUUGUUACACAAAACGCUUUCAAGAAAGAAAAUGAUGUCACUGUUGCAUUUGCUGCUCAAGGUAAAGGAAAUGGCAGGGUUAUGACUAGAACUCAAUGCUACAGUUGCAAGGAAUAUGGUCAUAUUGCUAGAAAUUGUAGCAAGAAGUUCCGUAAUUAUUGUAAACAACAAGGACACAUUAUCAAAAAAUGUUCCACGCGCCCUCAAAAUCGUAGGGUCAAUAUUUUUCACGCUGGGAUAAAUGGUUCCACUAUUGAUAACUCAUCUUCAGGACAAGUUCUGACUCCUGAAAUGGUACAACAAAUGAUCAUGUCAACCUUUCAGCAUUGGGAUUACAAGGAUCAAGUGUUGGGGACGAUAAUCGCGAAGGUGCCUAAAGUUGGACGAUUGUUUCCUAUACACUUUUUGAUUCCUCAUGUUCUAUCUUUUGUGUGUACUUCUACUGCUAGUAAGGCUGAGGUUUGGCUUAAGCGUCUAGGGCAAAGUAAAACUAUUCCUUUUCCUAAUUUUGGUAGUCGUGCUACAUAG